AUGGAUCAUUCCACUAGAAAGGACGCACUGCUGGGGACAAGCGAAAACACCCCUUCGCUUGCGGGUCCACUGGCAGAGGCCACCAGUCGAAUACUUUCGUUUUUGUCACACUCACAAUUAAGGCAGCAGCUGGAGUGCCAAGUACGCUACUUCCUUGCAGGAAAGCUGCUGAAUUUUACGGGCUAUGGGGAGCUUUCAGGUGAAUAUGAGGUCGCACCACAAACAUCACCGUCCAAGAUUCUUGUGGGCAACUUUUCACUGCGGCCUUUUGGCACUGUCUCAAUGACCUUAGAGGGGCAACCACGGCUGAAAAAUAGCCUCGCAUUCAAGGCAACGGUGUCCAUCGUUCUCGCGUGGCUGAACACUCACGGGCUUGUUCACACAGCUGGUGUACUGUGUCCAGAGGCGGCAAUGCGCGACACUGACGUGCUGUCAGAGGACGAAUGUGUAACCGUUCUACACCUACCAGAAGCGCUCCUUACAUCUUUGCAAGCUUCUACCGCAUCUGAAACUCAUUGGUCUUUGCUUGAUCAUUUGGUGGCUGCUGCUGCCCAAAACAAUACUCAUAUUAAAGCCCCCAGGGCAUCGCGGUCACCAAGAAGCUGCAACAGUGCAGCAGAUGCAGGUGAACUUCGAAAAGCAAGUGUUGGAGCAGAAGUCAGCAGAUCGCAAAGGAUUCCUCGUAACUUCUGCGAAGUGGGCAGUGCACAAGGCACCUGCUUCAGAUACGCGCCAGUAGCCCGAGCUCUCACAGGGGGAGCUUUCAAGAGGGCCUCUUCCCGCAAACUUUUUCAUGAGCCAAGAUGUACCUCCAUCCGUCCAUCCCGUCCCAACCUUGUUGCUUGCGUAGGCAAGCCAAACUGUAGUAACACAAUCCAGUUGUGGCAAGAAGAAGCAAGGACUCACUUUCAUCUUCUAGAGGCACAUUUAAGAGGCAUCGAGCUACGGGCUUCCUCUGAGAAGCUUUUGGUGGCCAACUUAGAAACCCGUCAAGCGAUUGGCCAGCGCCUUGCCUCUUUUGAGUAUGAGCAUAGACAGCGCAUACGGCGGUUACAAAAGUCACUGGAUCAAGCAACAGAAAUUCGGAAAGGUGUGAUAGGAGAGUCUAUGCGCCAAGCUCAGCUCGUGAUUCGUGAGGCUCGGCGGAGACUACGGCUCCUGAUUCGCCGGCAGAAGAGGGCUGAGGAGGGUCUUGCUUCUCGCGCGAGAGACGUUACCGAGAGGGAGCAGCGUGUUUUUGAAAAGGAGGCGCGCUUAUUGAGAUACGGGCUCCCGAAAAUGGUAUGGGAGAAUGCAGUAGGGCAAUGCGAAGAGCAUAAUGAGCUGCCCCAGAGUAGCGGUAGUCCUCCAUUGCAGCUCUUGAGAGCAAACCAACAGACAGAUAUGCUGGAUGGUCAGCUGCAUGGUUGCAGCGUUUCUUAUGGAAAGUACUCUGAAUCUCAGCUCAAUGGCGAGCAUGGAGCAGGUAAAGAGCCAUUUGCCUUAGUGCACCAAAGCCCUAGUCACACGCACUCGCCUGAAAAAAGUAGUAUCGAGCAACCUGCGGCAAGGAUACUUAAGGAAUACGAGUGCCGUGUGAUGCGGCUCACAGAAAAGCUGCAGCGGAGCUCUGACCAAAUAAGGAACAAGGAAGCGGAGUUUACGCUUUUAGUCGCAGAGCUUGAAUCAGCCAGACAAAAAAACGCCGAGGCACAAAAACGGAUAAAACGAAUGCAAAGGCGCUAUGAAGCAGCACGCUCUCUCUGUGCACAGCAAAAGUACUUGGCAACUUCGUUGCUGAUCCCCCGGAAUUCCGAGGGCCUUGAUGUAGAGCCUACACUCGACGCAUCACCACAAAAUCUCACUGAUGCAUCCGAAGAACGGGAUGGUCUGUUGAAAAUCAAGGCAAUGCAUUCGGAUGUAACGUGGAACGGCAAAACUGGGACAGAUGCGUGCCUGGUGCUUCAGAACAGCGGCCUCGACGCUGCAGAAGAAACUCUACAGUACAAAGCCAUUCGCCCAUGCGGGGAUUCUGAUGCUGUAGAAAUCUUUAUGGACUUUCAUGGGUGCCCAUGCAAUGCAGCAUCGCAAAGCCUGGAAGUGACAAAAUCCCAGCCAGACCGCGCCACAGCAAAGGCAGACCUAGCCGAAUGUAUGCCCCAGGGACUGUUCCACAGCUGCCGCUGCCAUGCCUCUGUGAAGCAAGCACUUGGGUAUCCUUGUCGUAAACAGUGUUGUUGUUCGAGUAGGCUUCAUGACGGGGUCAUCAAGACGGCUGACACCACACAGGGAAUAAUAUCAUCCCCAUUGUCCCUGAACAAGUAUGAGAUAGCAAGUCAGAUGCCUACAAAGGCCGUGCAUUCUUGCUGCAGUUCAUUGAAAGGAUGCCCACCAACAUUGGAUCCCUCCCACAUCAAGGUGCAGUCAGCUACGCCAGCCGAUGGCGUGGGGGGAGGAAUGCAUUCAUGCGAUGAUACCCAUCACUGCCGCGCACCUGCAUCGGCUUCCUGCACUGUAAGUCCCUCUAAAUCACCAAUGCGAUCUCAGGAGAGCCUUUGUAAGUCAACGUCACUGUUGAGCCACACGGGUUCAGCUUCUGAAGAGACCCCACAAAUUGCAGGUCAAUGUCAGAUGACUAAGGGUAGUUGUAGUAUGGAAGACGGUGACCGGGCCAGCCUGUCUCCCAGCUCGGUUUCCGGCGAGGACAACCGUGGCACUUCUCAAUCUCGGGUAACUAAAGAGAAUGUACCCAGCACUCGAGCAGUAUCCCCCAGGUUCUUUGACCGUUCCACAGCUUGCAGAGUGACUGGCUCUGGGGGACGAAAGCCUUGCAGCAUAGGGUGUGGAAAGGUCCUUUCUCCUGUCGGUGACGUUUUACGAAGCCAAGACGCAACAGCCUCAAGUAAUUCUCAGAGGUGUGUUACAAUCAGAACAGCCCAAAGAGUCUCUCCCGAAAGCAAAAUAAUAUCAGUGAUCCCUGUUGAGGAGAACAGCAUGUAUCCUGCGAACAAAACGAACUCAAUGCACGUGACGCAAGACACGAUGAGCACGAAAUACACCUCCGCGACUCCUGUGAUUGCGAGUGGUACCACACAACAUAGCGCAGUCAAGACCCCUACUCCCCCAAUAGAAAGCCCUUUGCGUGUUGGGCUAAAUUCGUGUGUAGGCCGUACAACGAAGGCCUGUGUGCCGUCAGGCAGUUCGCCCGUGGCUGCCUCUGUGCAGAGUAUUUCUUGUGCACCAGUUGGGAUUGACAGCCAAACUUCAGUUCAGCACUCCCAGUUAGCGUUAAGUGAACGGGAGGAGCAAGUUCCCCUUUCCCCUGAACAAAGCCCUUGGGGUGAAGCAUCUAUUGCGUCUUCCCUUCCCGGGUCCCCUGAAGUCCUUUCAAACUACCCUUCUUUCGCCUGUCCUGUAGCUGCCACCCCCGAGGGAGCUGUUGCACUGAAUAGCUCUGACAUGUGCCCCGGCGGAUGUCCCACCGUGCUGGGAAGGCAGGCUGCCUUGGACGACAGUGCAAAUUCCUUUUCCCCUUCCGAGCACGACUGGUUAGCUUGUGACACUACGCCACUACCUCACUCCGCUAUGCACUCACCCAAAGGCAAAGUAGAAUUAUGUGUCAGUACUAAAAGCACCUUCAAGAGACCACCAGGGAGUGCUGGAGCAUUCUGCUGCAUUCAGUCCGGCGAGCGUGCCUUAUUGGCAGCUUGGAGACGAGACAUGGCAGAUGGAGGAGUAAGCAUCUGUGGAAAGUUGAAAAGGCUUAUACAGAGAGAUUUUGCAGCAGAGAAUCAAC